AUGGCAUACUUGCAUUAUGAGAUUCACAAUAAAAUUGAAAAACUGAAUGUUCUACUGAGAAAUCUCAAGGCUUGUGCUUUUAGCCAGCUAUAUCUCAAGAAAUUUGCAGGAAAAAGGAUGGAGAUUGAGCAAGAUGAAGUGUUCAUACCACAGACAAAUGUGUCGUACCAAAAUAAACGAGUCGCUGUGACAGGAACUAAGGAACGGAAAUGUGGGGAGACUCGUUGUAACUGCCCAGCUCGAAUGAUAGGUGAAUCUUUGCAAGGCAGGCGUGGUGCGCUGAUGAAAAUAACAAGAGAGCUCAUCGAUGAUGCAUCGUUGACUGAGGCGAGAAGCAAGUUUCUAAUGGAAAAGCUCAAAGUUUGGAAAUGGGAAGUUGGUCAGAUUGAUGACAAGGAAUGCAUGAGCAAGCAAUUGAAAGGUCUAGAGACAUUUUUUGUAUGCGACCCUGAGCCUAUACGAACUAAAGGUUGUGGCAAGCGUCUGAAGUCGAUUUGUGUGGACAGAGGGGUCAUGACAAGGCGCAAAUGUCCCAGUCAUAGCAAUCACCUUGAAGAUGAUCCAUAUCGUCCAGACAUGAAAUUUGUAGUUCCUGGCAAGUUUAAUAUUUAG